CUCCGGCCCUCCCACCUUUCGCCAUCAUCACCGAUUCAUGACUCCCACUAUCUCCUCUCCAUCCCCAUCCCCAAUAAGAUAAAAAAUAGCAGAACGCGCAGGAAUCUCGCUCCGUGUGCGCAUUCCUGCUCCCCGUCCUGGCUCUCACCAAUGUGGCGUUCAAGUCACUCAUGCGCUUUCCUUUCGGACUCUCUGAAGGGACCCCACGACGAUUGAAAACGAAUAUCAUAUAAUAACCCCCCCGAGAAUUGGCAACGGACUGAGCUGAGUUGGAGCUGAGAAAUGGAUCGUCCAAGAAAGCGGGAGCUCCGCGAUUUGAACGAGAGAGCUUGGAAUGGCGAAAGUGAUCUCUUCCCAGUUAGCAAAUCGCUUGAUUCGGCCUUGAAGAAAAACACGGCCUUUAUCAAGCGUCUCCGCACGGGGAUCAACGCCCCCUCCCAACAAACCUUCCUGGGCGACAUCCGCACCCUCUCGCUGCACAAGUACCUUUCCGAAAUCAUCUCCGCCUGCUACGAGGGUCUCUGCAAGCUCAAGUCCCCCGGGGAGAUUGCCGCCGGCGUCGAAAUCACAAGCGCACUGCACCAACGCUUCGGACCGGCUGAGUUUACCCGACAGAUUGGAUGGUUACUUGGUCGGGGAUUGAGCACGCCUGACAAAGGGCAGUUGAAGGCGCUUAGUGCGGAGGUGCGCGAGCGCGAAGAAAAAGAACGGCUUUCUCGACACCGGGUGUUGCUGCGUGUGGUUUCGGAGUUGUGGCUGGUGGGUGUGUUGCGGACAUUGGACGAUAUCGAACGACCUGAGGAUCUGGGCGCGAAGGGUAAAGAUGGUGUUGUUGGGAUUGGAGCGAAGCCGGCAGAUGGGUUUUCCAAGGUGAAGGUGGCCCCGUCGUCGACAUCUGCUGCGAGGGAUUCAGACAAGGAGGCCGAGCCGUUUCCCUUGGAGGUUUUGAAGGAUUUGCUGGGUCAUGAUCGCGACCAUACGAAUCUUCCGCUUGCGGUGUUGUUUGUCAAGAGCUUUAGCUGGGAUAUCCUUGGUGUGAAGACGAUUGAUGAAGGGAGGAAGACGGUGGAGGCGGAUGGUGCUACGACCGCUGCGGAUACGAAUGGGGAGAAUACGGCAGACGCAGAGAACGACCCCCCGUUGACGCCCGAGAAGGCCCAGUUGCGCUUUAAGAGCAUUCUGAACCGGUACUUGGAGGAUGUCAAGGCGCAUGUAGUCCGCGAUCAGAGAGCGUUGGCGACGCAGAGUCGCCGGAACGCAGAGGCUUAUGUGAAGAGUGGCGAAAUCUUCGAGGACCGGCAAGCGAAUUUCGAAAAGCAGACCAAGUCCCUGGAGAAAUUGGUUGCGAAUACACAGGUUCUGUGUGAGGUUUUGGGGGCUGAGAUGCCGGUUUUGCCGGAGCAAGAAGCGACCGAUCCGGCGUCGAGUGGUGGCAUUGGGCUUGUGAAGACUACUGAGUAUCUCCGGGGCCAAGGCGAGGGUGCAGGUAUCUGGGAAGACGAGGAGGAAAGACGAUUCUACGAGAACCUGGUCGAUCUUAAGGGCAAAGUGCCCGCGGUUUUGCUGGAGGACGGAAAGAAAAAGAAACCCGAAUCCGAGGAAGCAGGAAAGAAGAAGCCGGAUGGCGAAGCAGCGGCCGAGACAGGAGCAGAGAAGCCUGAAUCUGCCAGUCAAGCUGCAGCCUCGGAAGAGAAACCUGCAGAAACAGAUGACCAGUCUACGGCCAUUGCAAGCAGGACCGUUGGUGCUCAGGUGGACGCGCUCUUGUCCAAGCUUCCGGAUUUGCAGUCGAAAGACCACGUCGAUCAAUUUGCGCUGGACUUUUGUUUCGUUAAUUCCAAAGCAUCAAGGAAUCGUCUUGUCAAGGCUGUGUCGGAUGUGCCCAAGGGCCGGAUCGACCUGCUGCCUUUAUACUCUCGUCUGGUUGCGACUCUCGGGCAGUAUCUUGCGGAUAUUCCUCAAGGUCUGAUCACUUACCUGGACGAGGAGUUCCGGAGUCUCCAACGCCGGAAAUCAAAGGAAUUCCUCGGUCAGGUUAGAAUGAGUAACAUUCGUUACCUUGCGGAGUUGACCAAGUUUGGUGUUGUUCCGGAGCAUAUCAUCUUCCACUGCUUCAAGGUCUCGCUUGAUGACUUUUCGCGCAUGAACAUUGAAAUCAUCGGUCACUUGCUAGAGAAUUGCGGACGCUACUUGCUUCGGAACCCCGAGACUGCUCCCAGAAUGGCCUCGUUCUUGGAGACUCUCGGGCGAAAGAAGACUGUGCAGCACUUGGGUCAGCAGGAGCGGAUGAUCAUUGAGAAUGCGGUCUACUAUGUCGAUCCUCCUCCGCGGCCUGCUAUCCAGCAGAAGGAGCGCACGCCUAUUGAAUCGUACAUCCGCAGAUUAAUCUACAUGGACAUGAACAAGCGCAACUAUACCAAGGUUCUGAAGUCAAUUCGGAAACUCCACUGGGAGGAGCAGGAUAUUGUCGAUAUUUUGGAGCGUAUGUUCAGCAAACCUGUCAAGGUCAAGUACGGCAAUAUCCACCUUCUGGCAAUUCUUGUCAGCGCUCUGUACAGGUAUCAUCAGGACUUUGUGGUUGGCAUUGUGGACAACGUCCUUGAGCAGAUUACUCUAGGUCUUGAGCAGAACGACUUCAAGUUCAACCAGAAGCGUAUCGCCGAAGUCAAAUAUCUUGGAGAGCUGUACAACUACAAGAUGAUCGAUUCGCCUGUGGUGUUUGAUACUUUGUACCGCAUUGUUACAUUCGGAUAUGAAGGCGGCACGCCAAUUCCUGGAAGGAUUAACGUUCUGGACUUGCCGGAUGACUUUUUCCGGGUUCGUCUGGCUUGCACUUUGUUGGAUACAUGCGGUCAUUGCUUCGAUCGUGGAUCUGCUAAGAAGAAGUUGGAUUUCUUCUUGACUUUCUUCCAGUACUACAUCCAUACGAAGGACCCAUUGCCAAUGGACCUUGAUUUCCUCGUCCAAGACACUUUCGCCAUGGCUCGUCCUCAGUGGAAGCUUGUCACUGACUUGCAAGAAGCUACGCGUCUUUUCAGUGAAGCGGUGGCUCAGAACUACAAGACUCAAGAUUCCGAGAGACCUGUCGAGCCUGACGAGGAUGACGCGGAUAGCAGUUCAUCUGAUGAAGAUCUCGAAGAGGACGGAAUCCCAGAGAUCGAUGAGGAGCAGGAAUCUAGCGACGAGGUUGAUGUGUCUGGUCCGAACGCAGAGCAGAACGGGGAUAGUGAUUCCGAAGAUGAGCAAAUCUUCGUCACACGUCAAGAAGAAGAACGCGACCCGCAAGCCGAGGCUGAAUUCGACCGUGAAUUCGAAAAGAUGAUGGCCGAAAGCGUGGACUCGAGACGAUUCGAACGCAAAGCCGUGUUUGACAUUCCAUUGCCCAUGAAGCGAACCGGCCGUGAUGCUCUUUCGUCCGAGACUGCCCCUGAGGGUUCCCAACCUCAACCACAGCCCGAACCCCAGCCCGUGCCCCAGUCUCAUCCUCAGCAGCCGAAUACCAUGGCCUUUUCUUUGAUGACCAAGAAAGGAAACAAGCAGCAGACGCGUACCAUCGAUCUGCCAUCUGAUUCCGGCUUCGCCAUUGCCAUGAAGAGCCAGCAACAAGCGGAUCGCGAGGAACAGCAGCGAAUCAAGAACUUGGUUUUGAACUACGAGAUGGUCACGGAGGGCGACAACACCACUGAAGAAAAAGUGGCCGAGAAACGAACCCCUCCCCACCGUGAUACCAGAAUCGACAAGUCAGGUGCAAACCGGACCGCAUUCCGCUCACGCAAGCUCCAACUCAGCGACGUCAACUGGUAAUGAAAUUUCGACUUAUGAAACCCUUACAAGUUCAGAUUUCUGCAUCAAAACAGAACAGAACAGACGCGCAUCUUUGCAUCGGCUUCUAGUCUGUAAGCAAGACUUUAUUUGCAUUGCAAAAAGGCCCUGCCUCGGUUGACAAAGAGAGCGUUGUUAACAUGACCGAUUGCGUAUAUCCACAAUAUGAGCAGUAACGUCUUCAACAGCCCCUGCUUGCUUGUCUCUUGUGUCUCACCUUUCUUUUUCCUGGUGAUAACUGGCAUUGCAUCUGAGAUAGCCAUGUGUG